GUCGACGAUCAAGAUCUUGACAAUGGCUGAUCAAGAAUUCGCAACCCUCCCGCCGGAUCCCUAUAAAGUGCUGGGUGUCUCGCGCGAUGCACAACUACCCGAAAUUCGAUCAGCUUGUCGCAAGUUAGUCCUUAAAUGUCACCCUGACAAGUAUCCAGACCCAGAAGUGAAGAACGAAAAAGCAAAGGAAUUCAAGCUUAUUGAAGAUGCUUAUGAUAUACUCAUUAACGAGACGAGGAGAGCGGCAUACGAUGAUAGGGUGAACCUGGCCAAGUUAAGAGCCGCCCAAAAUAACUCGAACGAUAGUGCAAAACUCUACGACGAAGCCGGGAGGCCCUUGUUUCGAGAAUGGAAACAGAAGGGCGACACGGAAAACGUACAGCAAGGCCAAGAGAAGAAAACCCAGGGAUUAAAGACAAGAGCGUCCUCGGGUAUUCUUGUUGCGCAAGGUAUAAUCGACGGCACGCAUACAUAUGCAAUCCCGGAUACCGGUGCUGAGUGCAAUAUUAUAACUGCAUCUUUCGCCGCUAAACUUAAGCUGAGAGUUAGGCGCCAUAAGGAGGGAGAUAAGGUUCGCCUUCGCGCAGCAAACGGGAGGUUUAUCGUCACACGUGGUACUGUCCAAGCCAACUGGCAAUUCGAGACAGAGACAUCACGAACAUUCAGAGUCACUUUUCACAUCCUUAAUGAGUUUAUGUAUGAUCUAGUCCUUGGAAAUGCCUUUUUAAUGAAAACCGGAACCAUGUCUCACAGAAAGGACCGGCUAUCUCGCAUCCCAAGGCCGGCUGACGCGUUAUCCGUCCUACGUGUGAACCUUCUAGGGCAGACGAGCCAAAGAGUGCGCGGGAAUGUUCGUACUUCUGAUGUCUUGGCACUACCAGAUUCUGGGUCGGAGCCGAACCUCUUGUCGUGGAGAUUUGUCAAGGAAAAAGGCCUGGAGAACUUAGUCGACUGGGAAAAUGAGCGGCUACUCCAGUUUGCGGAUGGAAGCCUCGGGAGAACAGAGGGCUCUAUCUGGACGAGAUGGGAAUUUGCUUCAAAUUUACGGUCGAAUGGGACCGGCAUUGAAGUUGAAUUCCAUGUUUCCCGCGAUUGUGUCUACGACGUGAUCAUCGGGCAAGACGUCCUCGAAGAGACAGACGCAUUUCUGAACCACGAGGAGGAUUUCAUCUAUGUCGAAUCUGAUCCCGAGUUCGCCGGCAUGAAUCUCGUUAUCUUUGCACCUAAGAAAGCGAAGAAAUCCUCAUCUCCCCAACGUGUGCAUGAUGCACUAUAUACGGAGUUACAACGUCUCGCCAAAGCCGAUGACGAGAUUAGGCGUCUAUCAAAGGGUACUAUACGGGGUGGAGCUCACUCCCAAGAAGAGAUUGCCCGUCGUACGUAUAAUGAGCGUAGUCGUGCCGAUGACCGGCGUGGCAUUUUACCAUAUCCGCAAUCACCACCGCCGCAACCUGAUAUCCAUGCCAAUCCACGCCAUGGCGGCGAUGUCAGGGGAUCAAGCAUUUCUCACACGAAUAGUAGUAUCUCUAAUUCUUUUACCAGGAGGGAAAGCCCCGAGGAAUAUCUACGUUCAGCAAAUGCCACGCCAACCCCUGAAUCGUAUCGGCACACUGGACAGACACAAGCUCAACAAAUACCAUCGAGGGUUAAAAAUCCAGUAACCGGCAAUACUGGAUCGGAAGCACCUAAUAGGAAUAAUCCAAAUCAGAUUGUCUCAUCUGGUAGUGCCUCGAAUAUAGAGAUCAUAUCAAGUACGUCUAGUAGUAACGGCAUAAAGAGGAUUCCUUUGCCUCGCACUCGGCGACCAGAACAGGAUUUUUUCGACUCGGAGAUCACGUCGGAGUUUUAUUUCAAUAUGGAUCUAAGAAAACCUCCAGCUGGACGUGCAUCAAUCGUGGAUUACCACAUGCAGAUGGAACCAAUACCAUAUUAUACUGGCGACCAUAGAUAAGCCGUGAAAACAUAACACCGAUAUAAUAGCAAGGUUUUUCCUACUCCUACAGCCGUAGCCCGUAUCGGCUGCUCAUAUAUUUUGGCGUUACAGUAUUAACAGGUAUCGAGCACUCGGAUUUGACAUAUCAUCAGUUUAAAUACUCUCCCGUGUCCUAAAGGGUAGGAUGUUUUAGAAGGAGAAUUAAAAGGCAAAAUCAUUUUUUAAGGAGCUGAGAGCAGGGUGUUUGGGUUAUUCGGCGUUUAUCACAUCGGCAAUUCCCCAGUUACAUUUAUGUACCUAAGCAACACAAAGGGGUUGAGACACCCCCCCCUCGGUUUCGAUAUUGAAGAACGAUGUUAUCUAUCCAAGAACUUGCAAAUUUAGCAAAGCAAUUCAAAUUUAUUAUAGUUACAAUAUG